AUGAUGCCAAUUAACAUCAUCUUGUUAACAUUAAUGAUCGUAUUCUUCUUACUUGGUAUAUCUGAGAGCAUUUUGACUCAUAGAAAUGGUUCUUUUCCAGCAGCCAAACUGCAACCAGGACACAAUAAUAUUUUGAAUAGUCUUUUUAAAGAACAAGAUGCUUC